AUGGCUCGAAUCUUGCUCCCACACUCUUUGGCUGAUCGCGUUUUUCCGUUUCUACCACAUGAACUUUUCUACGCUGUGCUCGUUUGCACAGUACUCGACAUAUUCGGAUUUUCUCUAUUCGUCCUGCCAGUGCGAACUCUAGAAAAUCUCGCUGGCUACGUGUUGCACCCUUCUCCGCUACUUCACUUGAGUUGCGUCUUGGUGGCAGCCGUUGGAUUCGUUCUAGUUUUUGUAUAUGCCGCUCGAAUCGCUAUAACCCUUCUACUGUACUAUAGAGGAUGGCUAUUCGAAUCUGUUGGCACGAAGCCAUCAAUUCAAACACAAUGUUUCAUGGCAGUCAUGCAGUUGCUAUCGAAAAGGGCUCGAUUCUUCUCGUUCCAAGGACUUCUGCCGUGGAUGUUGCCUCCAGCUGUACGGGAUACAGUGAAAACAUACCUGAAGACUGUGCGACCGCUUCUCAAUGAUGAGGAAUUCGACAAAAUGGCAGUUCAGGCAGAUGAAUUCGAAAAGACGAUAGCAAAAGACAUCCAGCGGAAGCUUUGGAUGAAAUGGCUCAUUUCCAAGAAUUACGUACGUUUGUGA